CAGCCGAACUGGGUGUUCACCGUCGCGCGGAACGAUCUCGUUUAAGAUGAAGCAGUCAGUUUGGUGGGUUGUGACUGCAUUACUAUUGCUACACCAAAGUUCUGUUCACUCCCAUCAAAGCUCAAAAGAAGGAGAGCAUGGAGACUAUCAUACAGCUCACGGUGGUGGCAGCUCGCUCUGUUGUUCAGGACAGCAUCAGCCAGGUGAAUCUAACGGACACGGAGGAGGCACCGUAAUGAACCCCACGCACCAUAACGACCAUCAUAAGUGUGGCCACAACAAAACCGAAAUCAAGCCCAAGAUGAUAAACUUCGGUUUCCUGGACGGUAGUGUUAUUCGAUUCAAACCAGACAAGAUGCUCGUCUUCAACGACGAUCGGUAUGAACCGUGGUCAAACUGGAGUGAGUGUAUAAAAAAGGACUGCAUCGAAGUGCGUUUUCGUAAGUGCAAGGACGAUUCGUGGACCCAACCAUCUCCAAACAAGAUUCAUACGACCAAAUGCUUAAGCAAGUUCUUUGCUGAAAAACGAACUUGUCAGAACACGACGGUUUGUAAUUCACACGUGAUACCAGAAAAACUGAGUGAAACCUGCGGAAUCAGACCAAACACCCCAAGUAUUGUUGCGAAGAUAGUUGGUGGCGAGAUUGUUACUCCUCAUUCGUGGCCAUGGGCGGUUCGAUUGUCGGUGAAACCACCAGGGCGGCGACUGAUUAGCUUUUGUGCGGCCACUUUGAUUGCACCACAAUGGGUCCUGACAGCAGCUCACUGCUUACUGGUUGAAAAUAAGCGGAUGCCUGUCGGUCGGAUGGUCAAUCUGCGGGACCAGAUGAAAAGUGUCCUGUACGUGCACUUUGGUGAUCAUGAUAAGACAAAGCAAGAAGAAGCUCAACAGGAUGUCCGAGUAGAGAAAGUCAUACUGCACCCGAGAUAUCACCGCAAACUUAUGGCAGAUGGGGAUGACAUUGCACUUUUGUACCUACCAAAGGCCGUGAACAUAACUCCCAAAGUAAGCUAUGCUUGUCUACCGACAAAGGACGUGCAAGUAGAACCAGGCACUCAGUGCUACGCAGUUGGAUGGGGCAGUACUGAAGCGGGACGCACACCAACCUUCGACAACAUCAACAGCAUCCUUGAUGCCCUAUUUCUUCCAGGUUUUGGAUUUUCUUCACCAUUCUUCUCCAGGCCGUUCUCUAUGUCACCAUUCUUCCGUAGAUCACAGGACAGAGCCGUGUCCCGUGUGUUACGAGAGGUUGAUCUUCCGGUAGUCAGUAACAAGGAAUGUCGCAAAUACUAUCCGGAUCUGAACGAAGAUGUACAUAUUUGUGCUGGUUCUAAAGGCAAGGACACCUGUGCCGGUGACAGUGGUGGCGGACUCUACUGUCAACUGCCUAGAUCCGGACGAUGGUUUGUUGUCGGAGUGACGAGCUUCGGUCUGGCUCGUGGUUGUGGGACAAAUCCAGGGGUUUAUACUUCUGUCAUUGGACACUUGGAUUGGAUCACCCAAGUGAUGGCCACCUCGGUCUAUUGAGGCCCUUCAUCAUAACCCUCAUCGUCUGCUCCGAUGCGCGACAGCGUGGGAUUAAAAUAUCCUGACAGAUUUUUAUGUCAUCUACUGCCCGUUGAUUGUACUCGCUUCCACCACCAAAUUUUUCUGAAACAUCAAUAAGAACAAUAAAUGUACUUGCACAAUUUCCCUGCCAG